AGCACCCUUUAUUCGAGGAAGAAGAAAGUAUCUCCACCUAGUUCUACUUUUUAGUGACUGAUCAUAUUACCACAAUCUCCAUGAACAGAUGAAGAUGUCGCCAGCGUCAACAUACAUGAAAAUGUCGCGACUGCGGAGCUCCCGCCCAACAUCCUAACAACCCUGCAAAAAUCCUAACGGUCCUAAGAAUAUAAUCAGCCGGCAGCUCUAGGGACCCGCAACUGCAAAAAUCCUAACGGUCUUAAGAAUAUCAGCCGGCAGCUCUAGGGACCCGCAACUGCAAAAAUCCUAACGGUCUUAAGAAUAUCAGCCGGCAGCUCUAGGGACCCGCAACUGCAAAAAUCCUAACGGUCUUAAGAAUAUCAGCCGGCAGCUCUAGGCCUCUCGUUUCGAAAAUGGGGAAUCCCCGACAAGGCAUCGUGUUCGACAAAUGGCCGCUCCGACUAGACGUUGCCUACGAAUACCAGUGUUGGAUUCUCAUCUUAUGCCGCUCUAAAUACUUACUAUAUGGAAAUCUUCUCUAGUUUCUCCGCAGGUAGUAACCGAAAUCAUCUUGAGUGGGUAACAAGAACGACCUACACAAGAAGGAAUCCACUCAAGCGACAGGUGAAAGAGUUCUUGAAUCCAGCGACCACGUUGUCGUACUUGAUGUAGUGAAACAAUAAGAACUUCGUACUCUACUUCGAAAAGUCACCUCUCCCUUUGAUGUCUACGAGGUAGAGAAAAACAAACGUACUGAACAUCAAAAAAAGAAAUUCGACCUCUAAUCAUCGCUGUGUCCCUCUUCUGCCUGUCCGUAUGCAUGCUGCCAUGUACUAGAACAUUUUCAUUUUUCUUUUUUAGAUCAUGUAGAUACCUUAUGUCAUACCCCAUGAAGAAUGGGCACAACACUACUACUUCUACUACUACUCCUACUACCUAGGUGGCAGCAGCUGGGAUUUGGAAUCUAAAUCUAUUUUAGUGAGUAUCGAUGACGCCUGUCCAUCCACUUCCACAUCCACAUCGCUGAGGUCUUUUUAUGGCAUGAUUAAAAAGAUGUUUUUUAUACUCCCCACGCACUGGGAAGCGUAGUAUAAUCAGCAUGAUCAAAAAGAGAUCAUUUUUUUGUUGAACUCCCCACGCACUGUGAAGCGUAUCCUCCAAAUAACCAAACGGGAAACGGCCUUCAGAAAAUAACACCGAGUUUGAUAUCUAAAAAGGAACUUCAAAAAUCAGCUUACAGCACUUGUUUCCAGCAGCGUGAUAUUCCCCCCUCGUCUAACGUCUGCGGUGUCUUAAAGGGCCGUCUUGCGAAACGAUUCACGAUAUGGGUUUACAGUAGGCUGCACACUUUCUUCUGCGUCGCUUUCUAUUUCAACCUCACGCUUCUCAUAUUCACCAUUGGUCUCCUCCCGGAUUGGACGGUGAACGAGUUCGUGUUAAGGCAUCACUAGACGCCGUGGUCAACUAGAAAACUUUUUUUAUAGACUCGAGAUACUAAUUAACUUACUGACUGACGCGUACCCCUACAAUCUAGGUCCUUCCAUCAUUCUCCUUAAACAUCUGCUAGAACAAGUGAUUACAACUUUGACAGGAGAGGGACAAAUGUGUUACAGGGAUCACGACCUGUACACUAUAGACCGGGAACAGAAUGAGGAGUCACGAAAACAGACGCAACAAGGGAAGGAAGAAAUAGAUAAACGCGCGCCUCCUGCUAUAACCAAAGAUGCUAUAGUAUACCCAGUGAGUGGCAAUGGGUACACAUCAGUCAGUGAGUCAAUCAAUCUGUAAAUUAGCAGAACAGGCAUUACGACUCUUUUUUGACUCUGGUAGCUGGAAACGUUCCUGAGAAGAAUCUUGAAGAUGAGUACUUUGCUGUCCUUCUGCUUUCAUCUAAUAGAAGAAAUUUAUCUAUCAGAGAGUUGUAGAAGGAUUAGCACUACAAACCUGCACACUUACUUAAUUAAAAAAGCUCUUCUACCCCAUGAGUGGGCACCACAUCAGUCAAUCGUCGACUCAUUAUUUGCGUUACAACAACUCCUCCAAUACGAACUUACGACAGAUACUUCCAACAUCGUGCAUCAUCUUCAUACGACUCUAAUAUUCUCCGUGUCGUUUGACCUGCUCGAUUGGGUUCUGGUCAACACUGUGAAGCUCCUCACCUCCUCGACCAUCCUCAUCGCGCUUUACAUUAUGCAAGGAACGGAUAAAACUGAAUAGGAGAAGGAGCCCUCGAGAAAAAAAUCCAGCAACCAUACUCAUCGUCACAGGUCUUGCUAAUUGACAGCUUGUCUGUAAAUGUGGCUGCUUUGUGGUUCUCUAGACCAUGCACUAUAAUACCCAUUCAGACUCAUGCAAACACGAAAAAAAAAUCCUCAAAACGUGACCUCUUGCCAGGCACGUCAAUCAAUUAAUCAGUAGAAAUUUUUGAACAUGCAGUAGUGAUGGAUCUAUCGAACUGAAGGCGAAGUCUUCAUAGUCUUCUAGUUAGUGCAGCUUACACCUUGCAUCAACGUCCUUCGUGACAGAUGGUGAGGCCGCUCGCGAGCGCGACACGUGCGAGGCGGUAGGGCCGCGCGCGGGCAUAAUAAUGCUAAUCAUAUAUAAGAUAUAUUCCAGGGCGCGGGGCGACGGCCCCCCCUGGGGGGGCCGGGCGCCCUGGGCCCCUUUUUAAGGCGUCGGCCGGGGGGGAGGCCUCAAAAGGGGGCCCAGUGACCUCCCCCCUCCGCUCCCUUCCAGCUGCCUGCUUGUGCCCUAGGUGCAUCCGCUAGGCUUCGCCGCUGCAGCCGUGCCGCCUGUACCCUCCGGGCCCUUGGUCAUCGGCUUGCUUGCUCUUGCGACCGUGGCCGCCUUCGGCGGCCUUUUACCCCGGAGGCCUCCCGCCUGCGAGGGUCAGCACAGGCCAGGAGGCCCCUCAGGAAUACGCUGAGAGGCCCAAGGGAAGGCCCGCGCCAAGUUUUGACGCCUUCCACCACUAGAAUCCGCGAAAAAUCCGCACGGAAAAGCGCGCGCGCGCGCCACCACAGACCAGACCGCAGGGGGGGAGGGGGGGCCGUCCGGCCCUGAGCCAUAUAUAGUGACGAUAAUGCUAAUCUAUCGAAUUCAAGAAGGAGUCCAGGAGAAAUUUUUGAACAUGCUGGAGUGAUUAUACAGUUGUAGACAUCUUUGAACAUUUACUAGUGAUCACAGGGUCGUGGACUCGCAACACCUUUUCUCUCAUACUACUUCGUUACACUACUAGUAGUAGUAGUUCUACGUUUACUGGUGAGAUUAGAAGAUCAAGAUCCGGUAGUGACAAAAUCCUCGUUUCCGAUGACAUUCCUGCUUCCCCUCAGAACUGCUCUUGAUGACCUCAUCCCGGAGUUUCGUUUGCUCACUCUCUAAUCCAAUUCUGGUGAGAUUUAAGGAGCGCAUCGCAGUAGCCGCUGGAGUCGAGCAUAUGACAUUCCUCCGACUUGGCAAGUGGAAUCUAUUCCAUUCACCGUUGAUGCGUGGGAUUGAGGUACUUCUUCGCCGCUGUCAUGUUGACUGAUUAAUAAGAGCACAACAACAACUCUAAAUAUGUUAGGAACUCCUGAUCUAAUAUCGAUAAAUCCAAAGUAGAUUUAGGAGUUCAGGAGACCAGGUUUGGAGUUCAGGAAGAUUAGGAAAUCUAAAAUGUAGGAGAACUUCUAAUUACACCCGUUUUUUACUCUAACGACUUCUACUUCAUCUAGCCGCUUCUUCUACUAACGAAUUCAUCCAGGUAAUAAUUUGGAAAGUGGAAGAACUUCCUUCCGGGUCCGGACUGAAGCCCAACGAUGUUUUCCUCGAAUGCCACGUUGGCCAAAACGAGCCGAGUCGGACCAGAGUGCACAACAACGCUGGCUCCUCAGCGAUAAUCAAGGAGACUUUUCAGGUACAUCUGAGCAUGAUCAAGGAGACUUUUCAGGUACAUCUGAGCAUGAUCAAGGAGACUUUUCAGGUGCAUAAGUAAGCAUAAUCAACACACGGUGAGUAGCACUUUUCAGGUACUUCUGAGCAUAAUUGUCAGCACAGCUACUUAAGCAUUUAAUCAUCAACGCACCACUUACACUUACAAGCGCGAUAGGUGAGAAGAACCUCCAACACACGGCGAGUACAAACGACACGCGGUGAGUAAAAUCAACUGAGGAUAGUUUGUUACUUAGAGCUCUCGAUAUACUAGCUUGUUAUAGAUCCAGCAAAACACCACCUUAAAUCAGAACCCACACUACAUCACUAGUUUGUUAGAACCCUCGAUACCUCACUAGGCUGUUAUAACCCUCGAUACCUCAACACUAGUUUGUUAGAACUCCCGAUACACGAUCAACAUAAUUGGAGCUUUUAAUACACCAGUUGAACCUAACAUGAUCAUCCAAUACGCUCGUCUUGAACUUCACAUCAAAAAAGACACUAGCGCUGCACCUAACAUUAAUGAAGAGCGUCCUCAACCCGACAUCAAUAAACCAAUUGUAUUGAACCUGAAAUCAAUAAACCAAUUGUAUUGAACCUGAAAUCACAAAAAGCGCGUAAUGGGGAGACGGGCAACGCCCCGGGUGGCAGGUAUUAGGUAUGUAAUUGCUCCCGCCUUUGCUCCUAGGGUUCUGCAUUUUAAACCGUAGGGGCAGUAGCGUAGUUGUUAAGGAGAUUAAGAACUCCCCCCUACGCCGGUAGCUACGCGGGAAAUAUGUAGGCAGGUUCUUCCCGGAACUCGCUCGCGAUACAAAAAAGAAAAAAACAACUGUAUUGAACCUGAAAUCAAUACACCAGGUAAACAUCGAUGAGAACGAUCCCGAGGAGCUUUUUACGGUACUCGUGAAGGAUCAAGAGCUCCUGGUUUCCAGUGUCUUGUGCAAUUACGGCCGACCGAGUUGUGCUAACGCAUUCCCAUUUGAGUAUUCUCUAAGUAGCAUUGCGCGGUAAGUAUAGAUGGACACUUUUUCUCCACUUAAGUGCUUGAAGAAGCGUGGCCAGAAUAGUUAAGGGUAGAGCAUCACUAUCCAGUAUCCGGGGUGAGGUAUACUAAGUGACUUCCCUAAAAAGGCAAGCUUUAAAACUUAGCUUUCCAAAAAUUUCUUGCGUCAAUGUUGGCCAAUGGUCUGGCUUACGCUAUACCUACUCAGGGCUCUUUGGAUGCCAAUGGCUGCGCUCUCGUCACCAUGCUCGUGGCCCUUGCCGUUCCUUGUAUGGUCGUCGCUUGAGCUCAGUGGCUUGCUGAAUGACUACACCCACGCCGGCUAUUGCAUUAGCGCGCUUCCUGUUCCAUCAUUCACAUCGUGAAGAACUAGGUGAUAUGGGUCAGGCAGUGACCGGACUGGUUUAGCUACCGCCUGCCUUUGACGCCACGCACAUGAAUGACCAGCAUGGCCGCCCCAUGUCAAUAGCCAAACCGAUGGCCCCCCAUGACGGGUGCUUUUUGUGCGGGUUAGCGUCGGGUGUGCUUUGAGGCAAGGGCGAAAGAGCGAAGCCAACUCGCUGCAUUGGUGUGAAGCACAUUAAAAAAAACGGGACCCAAAGAAAAGCGACAAGCAAAGCAGUGCGUUUUUCUGGAGUUCCACAACGCCUCCUGCAGGGGUGCAUGGAACUGCCCCGUCCGCAUCCACCCCUGCGGGAAGCGUUGUGGAACUCCGGAAAAGCGCGCCGUUUUGUUUGGUGCUUCUCUUUGGGUCCCAUUUUUAAUGUGAUCCGCAUUCAUGCGCCACGCCUCAGCCCUUUUGCUCUUGUCCCAGAAGUGUCUGCAGCUCACAGGGUGGCCCUUGGGCUCGCUCUCCUUUGUCGCAUUGCGCCUGAGGUUUCUGUCGGCCCCUCAGGUGGUGGGGUGGGUGUAUGUUGGUAUGCCUUUCCCGGAGUCGCUCGGGCUUUUCGCUCGGGUCGGUGCGUUCGUGCUCGUUCUGGGGCUUGUUGGUUCUUUCUCCCUCUGCUGUCUGCUAGGCAGUCUCGCUUUGUCGCUGGCAUUUUCGUGGCCGGGCAUGGCAGAGACAUGAGGCGGCGCAGAAUGGGUGGGGCAGAGAUACUUGCAGCUGGCUUGUUGUGUGUGUUUGCGUUCGGGGCUGAUUGGCUGGGGUGUUGUUCGUCUCAUUCUGGCGCGCCCCUCGCCGUCGAUUGCUGGGUGGGGCUUGCUCUUUCGAUUUCUUUGGCCACUUUUUCGCUGCGGGUACUCGGGGCUUCUGAGGGGUUGGCGCACUUUGUGACCGGCGUCAGCCGCCCGACAUGGGGAGGCAAGCGGCCCGGUAAACCCAAGCAAGGGCACCGGGCGACAGGCCUGGGACUGGGCGCCCGCUGCAUCGUCGGGGGCCGCCGUUUGCGUGGGGGUCGCAGACUGUGUUGCGCUUUGGGCAUGUCCGGCUGGCCGCGGGGGAUUCGUCUUGCCCAUUUCCUCCUCUGUGGUUGGAGGCUGCUUAGAGCCUCUCUCUGCCCGUUGUGCGCGGCCUGCGCCCGGGCUGGCUGGCGUGUGGUUCAAUGCCAGAAGAAUGGCGAGCGCAUAGCGAUGGGGAGCAGUUCGUAGUUUUAUUUUCUUUGCCAACUCGCUUAUUUCGGUUUUUCGAGUAGUUGUAACUGACUGCAGUAGAAGCCGACUAGCUGUAGCUCCCUCUCUCUCCCUCUCGUCUUGGUCUAACACAAGUUGCAGGUCCGCACGAAGGACAUUCUGGCGGUUGAAGCUUCGACUGGCCGAGUCAGCGAGGAUUUUGUCUACGACGCUAGCGCUUUCUCACAGCUUCAGUUGCAACCGCGUGGUCGUAUAUGCUAUGAGUGUUGGAAAUGCAUCUCCAAAGUCAUCUGGACAAAGAAAAUAUGAAGGAAAAGAGACGCAGAUGAUGUGUUAAGUAGAUGAAUUUCCUAUACCUCUAAAUAUGGCUGCGCGUCAACCCGCUUGAAGAAGAGAAAGUCCCACUUACAAGUGGACUUUGCUAAUAAAGGUGGCCUGAUUGUACCUACAGGAUUGUUGAAAAGGGGUAGACUUAUGUCUAUGCCCGAAGGGGAGACGCACUAGGAGCAGACAUUUGACAGAAGAUGUCCUUGUAGUUCGCAACUACUCUCGUCACUAUAGUGUUAGUACUACUACAACUGCUCUACAACGUAUAACUUGACGCACAGUAGUUUUUUCACGGCAUUGUUUUUUCACGAGGACAUUGUUCUUUCACAGUAUGCAAGAAAGUACCUUAUUUUUUCACUACAAGCUCCAUGGCCGCAACGUGAAACCCGGCACAGAAUGUCAGUACUAGAACAAGAAUUCGACAAGCUCAUGCAUUUGCGGAGCAAAGCCUCGCCCAGGUGCUCCAUAGAGGAGAAUAUCUUAGAAGUACCCAUCUCUGAAACUGGAAGUGGAAACCGGAGACUGAAAAUGUCACUGGACCGAUUUCUUGCCGUAGAUUCUAGGAGGCAGAGGAGGUCUCUAUCGGAGACGCAAUGAC